AUGUCGGGUCUGUCUGCAGGAGCAGCCUCCUUUGUGCCCGGUGGAGGUGGCUUCAGACUGCCGUUCUCCCAGCCAGCUCAGCAGCCAAAGCCAGCCAGCAGGCAGCAGGAUGUAGCAGACGACUGGGACGAUCAAGCUGAUGCACCUCCUCUGCCCGGUCAGCCAGCUUCGACUGCGCCCUCUCUGCCUGCAGCUGCACCAGGCGCAGUAGCAGAACCCAAGACGCUAUCUAUAGGCGGAGCGAGUAGAUCCACAGGUCCAUCGCCCGGCUCGGUCGCCCAGCCCAAAUCACUCAGCAUAGGCAGCCGGCCGACCGCGGCACAAGCCACGCCUCCGCCCAAAGCACAGCCCAAGCAGGACGUAGCACCGACCCGAACACCCGCUGCGAGUGCUUCGGCGAGCGGAUCAGCUACGCCAAAGACGCAAGAGACCAUCACUGCAGAUGCCAUCCUGGCAGAGCAGAAAGCUGCCGCAGAUGAGGAAACCAUGAAGGAUCUCUACGGCACGCAGAACGGCGAACAACCCGGCAAAUCGCACGUCAACGUCGUCUUCAUUGGUCAUGUCGAUGCCGGCAAGUCCACCAUGGGCGGCAACAUCCUCUACCUCUGCGACAUGGUCGACAAGCGAACGAUGGAAAAGUACGAGCGAGAGGCAAAGGAAGCCGGCAGAGAGUCAUGGUACCUUUCUUGGGCGCUCGACUCGACACCCCAAGAACGCGCAAAGGGCAAGACUGUCGAAGUCGGUCGUGCCUACUUUGAGACGCCAGCGCGGCGCUACACCAUUCUCGACGCGCCCGGCCAUAAGACAUUUGUGCCUAGCAUGAUCAGUGGUGCUGCACAGGCAGACGUUGCCAUACUCGUCAUCUCUGCGCGAAAAGGCGAAUUCGAGACCGGCUUCGAGAAGGGCGGACAGACACGGGAGCACGUCAUGCUCGUCAAGACUGCCGGUGUGCAGAGACUCAUCGUCGUCAUCAACAAGAUGGACGACCCGACUGUCGAAUGGUCAAAAGAGAGAUACGACGAGAUCGUCAACAAGCUCGGUCUCUUCAUCCGUCAGUCUGGCUUCUCACUCAAGACCGACGUCACCUUCAUUCCCGUGUCUGCCUAUACCGGUGCCAAUCUGAAGGAAUCCGUCGGUAAAUCCGUCUGUCCGUGGUUUGACGGACCGCCACUCUUGACUUUCUUGGACGAGAUGCCCUUGCUUGAUCGUAAAGUCAACGCGCCCAUGAUGAUGCCAAUCUCGGAAAAGUACAAGGACAUGGGUACCGUUGUCGUCGGCAAGGUAGAAAGCGGUCAUCUGCGCAAAGGCCAACCUCUCGUCCUCAUGCCCAACAGGCACGCGGUGGAGGUAGCUGCAAUCUACAACGAGAUGGAGGAUGAGAUCCCUCUGGCGUACUGCGGCGACAACGUACGCGUUCGACUGCGUGGCGUCGACGACGACGAAGUCAUGAGCGGCUUUGUCCUCACCGAUCCUGCCAAGCCCGUCCACGCAGUCACCCAACUCGAAGCCCAGCUUGUCAUUCUUGAUCACAAGAACAUCAUCUGCGCCGGCUACAGCGCAGUCAUGCAUGUCCACACCGCCACAGAAGAAGUGACGCUGACUGCUCUGUUGCACUACUACGACAAGAAGACGGGCAAAAAGUCAAAGAAGCCGCCCCAAUUUGCAAAGAAAGGACAAAAGAUUAUCGCUCUGCUCGAGAUUGCCGCGCCCGUCUGCGUCGAACGCUUCGAGGAUCAUCCACAGCUUGGACGUUUCACGUUGCGAGACGAAGGCAAAACAAUCGGGAUCGGCAAGAUCACUAAGCUCAUUGAGACGCAAGACGACUUGUCUGACUUGACGAAGCUAUCGAUCGCCUCGCAGGCGGCCGAAGGGAAACUCAAAUUAUAUCAAAAGAAGCUCUCCUUCUUCCCUCGUCAUCACCUUCUGUCCCCGGUCCGUUCAUCUGUCAGCUCGCGACUCACAAGCAGUCGAACAACAAACCACCACCAUCGUCGUAGCCUUCGACGCCUCAUUCGCAAAACAACAUCCUUGCAUCGCAUCCAUCACAUUCAUUCUCGGCCUGUCAACAACAUGAUCGCUACCGUCGCAGUAGCCAUCCUCGGCUCAGCAGCCGUCGCCUCUGCCAAUGUUUAUUACGGCAACGGUCCCGUCACGGGCGGUAUGUACAAAGUCCAGAUUCCAAAAGGCAUGUCCAUCGUCACGUUCAGCGGCGCAUGGAGGAACCAGUGUGUCAACUACGUUGGACCGCUCGGCUACCAUCACAGCAUUCCACUGAUGGUUCCCGAUAGUCAGGGCUACGUCGGCGCCUACUGUCACGGCAUUCAGAAAGACUCAAAGGGCCUCUGGCAUAGCUGGUCUCCCGUCAAAGACUUUACUCAACCCGCCGCGAAAGCGAUAGGAUGGAAGAUUGUCGAUACACCGGCUACUACGGCAGCAAAGAAGAAAGCAGCAGCAAGAAAGGCAGCAGCGAAAAAGGCAGCCGCUCGUGCAGCUGUUGCAAAGAAAGCAAAGACAGCUAGACUCGCUUCAUACUCAAAGGCAGUAACAGUGUCGAACAGCACAACGCUACCGAACUCUACUGUGCCCGCAAGAGAUUACUUGAUCAAAUAUCCCUCGUCGUUUGAGGGCGUACAAGCGUUUGCAUACGUCUGGCACGCUGCCUGCGUCGACUACGUCGGACCUCUCGGCUAUCACCAUAGACUCGAUCUGAGCUCGCACGACCGAGCGAAGCACACUGCUCAUGCAUUCUGCGGCGGCGUCAAGAAGGACAAACACGGUCACUGGACAUCCAACGAGACCGUCGUCGACUUUACCAUGAAGGCCUACAAGCUCGCAAAGGGCGUCAAGAUUCUCGGCAAGCCAGCACCUGGCGCGACCACUGCGCCCGCGACCACCGCGCCCGCGACCUCCGCACCCGCUGGCUCAUCAUGA